GGACGCGCCUCCAGGGCCGCAGCUGGCGCCCCAAGCCGGCGGCGCCAUGAAGCACUUGCCGUACUUCUGCCGCGGCCUGGUGGUGCGGGGCUUCGGCCGCGGCUCCAAGCAGCUGGGCAUCCCCACCGCUAACUUUCCAGAAGAAGUCGUGGACAGUCUUCCAGCGGAUGUGUCCACGGGCAUUUACUAUGGCUGGGCCAGUGUGGGGAGUGGAGCUGUCCACAAGAUGGUGGUGAGCAUUGGGUGGAACCCCUACUACAAGAAUACCAAAAAGUCCAUGGAAACUCACAUCAUACAUACCUUCAAAGAGGACUUCUAUGGGGAAACCCUCAGUGUGGCCAUCAUUGGCUACCUGAGACCGGAGAAGAACUUUGAUUCUUUAGAAUCACUGAUUUCAGCAAUUCAUGGUGAUAUCGAGGAAGCUAAGAAACUGCUAGAUUUGCCAGAACACUUGAAACUCAAAGAAGACAAUUUCUUCCAGGUUCCUGAAAGCAAACUACUAAAUGGCCACAGCUGAGAAAACCAUCAUAUGCGUUCGUCUGCUGUCUCCUAGUGUUUCACUUCUCCAAACUACGCCGCCACACCUCAGUUAUAUUUAACAACAGACAUUUCCCCACAGCUGUGAAUGACUUCAAAUAGUUCACUGUAGUUACUGUAUUAUGCUCCAACUGUUAGACUCAUCAUGCCACCAUCCUAAAAAGAUUUAUUUUUUUAAAUCAAAAAAUGUUUUUUUAAUGUAUGAUGUUAAAUGUAUCCCUAGGAAGAUCUGCCUUAUGUUCUCAUGAUGGAAAUAAAGUGCAUAUAAAUAUGGGUGCAAAGGCAAGUCACAAGUUUGUGGUAAGAAGGGUCAUUCUUGUGACAGAAUGCCAGCAUAUGUGUACUUCUGUGUGGUUUAGCUCAUGCUGCUGAAAAGAGAAGGCUUAUGGAGUGCAUGCAUUAAAAUAGGUCUGGUAUUUCCCCUAGAAAGAGGCUUUGUAUUUUUGAUAUAUUAUGCAUUUACAUAUUUAAUUAUAGACAUGACAGCUUGUGACAUUUGACUGUGAUUAGUCCUUUCCUUUGUGAAUUCAAAUCAUUGUACUCUUCUGCUUACAAACCUGCCUCAAUUCUGGGGGGUCUUGACCACCCUUCUCCAACAGUUUUAUUUUUUAGUCAAAAUGAAUGCUUUCCAAUUGACAGUUAUCAUUUGGUGUUGGAUAAUACUUCUCUCCUUUUUAAGAGUUGAUGUUCAACCUUUUUCUUGAUUUCAGUUAUUUUUCCCCCUUAGAUAAUGGACAGGAUCAGUUUUUGUUGGUGUAGAAUAUCAUACAGCUGUACAAGAGCAUGAAUGUAUCUGUAACCAUGUCGGCCUGCCUUUUGGGGAAGGGGAGAUUUUGUCUUUAAAUUUCCUCAAGAUUUAAAUUAAAGCUGUUCGUUUAUAGAUACACCUGUUUCUUAAUGCAGAAAUGGUGGUUCUUUCCCAACCCUCUACUUUCCUCGGGAAAUGAUUUUUAAAGCCAAUCGAACUAUGAAAAAUAAGUUAUGUAACUUAUUUUCUAUCUGGUCUCUGCAUCUACAGCAGCUAACAAUGCACCUUGGGGAAAAGGCAAAAGUAAUAAACUUUCAGUUAAAUAAUCACCUAUACAUUUUUCUUCCUAAUUGGUUGUUUGGCCACGGGAGCCUUGUUAUUGGCAGGGACUUCACAGUCUGUGCUGUUUGGAGCGGGGCGCCUGCAGCAGGAUGUGGUACCAUCGUUCACCGGCCCCACAUUUGGAGUCAGCAGACAGAAUAGAAAGGUACUUUUAAAACCGGAUAAACUCGUAAAUCAGUUUUCCUCAGAUCCAGCAUUAAAGAGGUAGAAUUGGCUUUAAUAAAAAAUAGUUAUAUAUGUUUUUUUUAAAGUUACAUAUAAAAAAUGUUUACCAGUGAUGUUAGCAUAAGAGCAUGGAUAGAUUCAGCUUGUGCUUUAUGGUGUAUGGUCUCUGGUAAAGCAGUUUAUGAUUUUCUCACUUUUUCAUGAAAAUCUUUAGAAGAUAUAUUUAAUGUUAAAAAUCCAGUACUUGAAAGAAACAUGCUCCAACUACCAGUUGGUUUUUGUAGCAACGUUUAAAAACACAUGGAAAAUGUAAAAUCAGAUGCGUGUUUUAAUUUAAUAGCUUGCUGCUAAUUAUGUCCUCAAGUGUGAAAGAUCUUUGCUAUAUUAUUGUCACCUUGCAUUUUAUGAGUUACUGCUUUUGAAAAUCCUAGUGUACUGAUAAAAGGUUAGGCAAUAAUAUCGCAUUUACUUUUUCAAAAGUUUUAUAUUAAUAUUAUUAAGAAAUUACCGUCUUGAUUAGUCUGAAUCAUUUCAAACAUUGAAAUAAAUGUUGACCAUUGAUGUUU